AACGUGCACGUUUGACUCCAGCAGAACUUCCGGUUGGAGACGUGGCUCUACCGUAGAGUUCAGUGGCUAUACGCUGCUGCCAUCUUGGAGCUGCGGGCAGAAAGACGCGAGUUCUGUGGGUACUAAACGGAGAGAUAAUUCGGGAGAGAAAGAUUAACAUCAAGGUUGUACCGUCAAUGUCUACAUAAAUCAGCGAUUUAAAAGCGUAUAGGACAUCGCACACAGUGAAUAUGGUGCUGUUGGCAGCAGCCUUGUGCACCAAGGCGGGUAAGGCCAUCGUGUCGCGGCAGUUCGUGGAGAUGACGCGGACGCGCGUGGAGGGGCUGCUGGCCGCCUUCCCCAAGCUGAUGAACACGGGCAAGCAGCACACCUUCGUGGAGACGGAGAGCGUGCGCUACGUCUACCAGCCCCUGGAGAAGCUCUACAUGGUGCUCAUCACCACCAAGAACAGCAACAUCCUGGAGGACCUGGAGACCCUGCGCCUCUUCUCCCGCGUGAUCCCGGAGUACUGUCGAGUGCUGGAGGAGGGCGAGGUCUCGGAGCACUGCUUUGACCUCAUCUUCGCUUUUGAUGAGAUCGUGGCCCUGGGGUACAGGGAGAGCGUCAACCUGGCCCAGAUCCGCACCUUCACCGAGAUGGACUCACACGAGGAGAAGGUGUUCCGCGCUGUCAGAGAGACCCAGGAGCGCGAGGCCAAAGCGGAGAUGCGGCGGAAGGCCAAGGAGCUGCAGCAGGCCCGGCGCGAUGCAGAACGUUCUGGAAAGAAGUCUCCAGGCUUCGGGGGGUUUGGCAGCUCUGGGAUGGGCAGCGGCAACUCUGCCACCAUCAUCACUGACGUGCUCAUCGAGCCAGAGAAGCCAAAGGCGGCGCCGGCACCUGCCCGGCCGAGCGGCCCCAGUAAGGCCCUGAAGCUGGGGGCCCGGGGGAAAGAGGUGGACAGCUUCGUGGACAAGCUCAAGUCAGAAGGUGUGGACGUCAUUGCUCCCGCUUCAGGGAAGAGGCCGUCAGAGGUGUCUAAAGUUCUGCCUGCCCCCGUCAAUGUGGAGAGUGUUCAUAUGAGAGUGGAGGAGAAGAUCUCCCUGACCUGUGGGCGGGACGGGGGGCUGCAGAACAUGGAAGUGGUGGGCAUGAUCACCCUGAGAGUGAGCAAUGACAAGGCCGGGCGUGUCCGCCUGCACCUCAACAAUGACGACAAGAAGGGCCUUCAGCUGCAGACCCACCCCAAUGUGGAUAAGAAGCUCUUCAGCAGUUCCUCCAUCCUGGGUCUGAAGAACCCGGAGAAGUCCUUCCCUCUCAACAGUGAUGUGGGUGUGCUGAAGUGGAGACUGCAGACCACCGACGAGUCCCUCAUCCCUCUGACCAUAAACUGCUGGCCAUCAGAGGGCGCCACAGGCUGUGAUGUAAACAUCGAGUACGAGCUUCAGGAGGAAGGGCUCCAACUCAAUGAUGUCAUCGUCACCAUUCCUGUUCCGUCCGGGGUGGGCGCGCCAGUGAUCGGCGACCUGGACGGUGAGUACAGACACGACAGCAGGCGGAACAUUCUGGAGUGGUGCCUCCCCGUCAUCGACGCCAAGAACAAGACGGGCAGCCUGGAGUUCAGCAUGGCCGGCCUGCCCGGCGACUUCUUCCCUGUCCACGUCUCCUUCGUCUCCAAACACAACUACUGCGACAUCCAGGUUGUGAAGGUGACGCAGGUGGACGGGGAAGCGCCGGUCAAGUUCUCCUCCGAGACGGCGUUCCUGGUGGAGAAGUACGAGAUCCUGUAACGGCCAAAGCUGCACACAGACUGCCUGAAUUACAGCUGGGACGCCGCACGUCUGAUGGGACUGAAGCGCUGAACGGCCCUUUCACCACAGUGUGCAGUACGGCUGUGUCUAUAACUUUUGUAUGAGAAUAUAAAUGAUAUAUGUAUGAGUAAUGUCAAACCGAACGCAAAAAUGUGCUGCAUCAGCAAACGCAACCGUGAAGGAAGAGAGACUGCGACCGCACUGGGCAGAGACGGUUGUGCCGAAGGGACUAGUGGGGAAUGCUCCACCUGUGCCUGUGCGGAGAGGUGUAAGAUCCAGCCUCCACUCCCUCUGACAUUUCUCAUUGUCUCAUUUCCCUGUUGAAGCCCCUCACAUUCAGCUUUGCGUCGCGCGCGCGCACACACCUACCCACACCGCUCUGAUAACACUCCACUCGUGUUUCUCACCCAGCCGUUCCCUCUGUAAAACUGUCUGGGCAUCUCCGUUCAGCAGACAAAAGCAUGUUUUCAUCCUGUUUAUCUCGGUGGGAGAGGUUUCCGAAAAAGUAUAAACCAUAUCAAACCUGGUCAUUUUCCUGUGUGUCUGACCCUCACCUUUCACCCUGUGAGAACAGGUCACAGGUGUAUGUGUAAUAUUCAUCAGGUCAUGUUUUUGUGCAAUGUUGUAGGCUGCUCUAACCUACUCCCAUUUCCUCUGAUGAUUCUGUAGCCAAGCGACACCAAAGGGGUGUCUAAUUGGGGUCUCCUGUGCACAGAUGGGGCUUCCCUAUAGUGUAGCAGUAUGGAUCUAACAUGAACCCCAAAAAUGAGAUUGAAUGUCCACAAAUGGCAGGAAUACCUUUUACAUUAAAGUGCUUCUGCCAUUGUGCAUUCAUCCUAUAUACACACAUAAUUAAUCCUAGAGAUACAUACAUUUCAUCAUGCAUAACUGUCAUAAUAGACUUCCCAGACCUGGUGAAAGCUGCUCUGUUUACAUGCUUAGGGACAGGACAGGAAAAUGACCAGGCUUAACAGACAAAUGAUAAAACUAUAAUAUACAUGGCACUUAUCUGAGGGCGGCCAUUUGGGUAACUGAUAGACAUGCAGUUUGUGUGAUCUGGCACCGUCGAGUUUGAGCCCAGUGCCGCCUGCAGCCCUGGCCCUUCCACUUGCAAAGAAGGGGUUAAUGCAGCACACUGCGUCAGGCACAGGAUGUCUGGGGUAUGGGGCCCCUGGCCAAGAGAUGACCUAAGAAGAAUAAAUGCUGAAUAUUUGUUUCAUUUUUGUUUUGAGGUUAUGGUGGGGGAAUAUUUUAAAUGGUUUUAUAACCCUGUGAAUAAGCAGAGUGGGGACACUUGCAUUCCAGUGUAAAAUAAAGGUUAUAAAGAAUCUUUAAACAAUUAAAGGUUAUUGGAAAGUUU